AGUUUAUUUAAGUGUUUCCAUCUCUCACCUGAUUUAGGAUUAAGGAAGGCUUCAAUAGACUUUAUUUGCGCAGUAGCAUUAUAUCUUCCAUUUAAAUUCGAGUGAAAAGAGUUGCCUUUUCUUAGAGGAAAGAAGUGAUGUCGACAAAAAAGAUUAUUAGCCUAACAGAUGCUUGAUCACUAACUAUCACUCAGGAGCUUUGUGUGAAGCGUACCCAUAUUUCUGUUGGACGACACUCAAUAAUAGUUGCGUGAAACUUUUGAACUCUUCACAAGAUGGCAAGUACGACGAUAGAGUGCGACGUUUGUAACGAGAACUUCGACUCGGGCAACCACAAGCCGCUUUGCCUGAGCUGCGGCCACACGUUUUGCUUCUCAUGCAUUUCAAAUUUAUCAAGACUCCCUGAAACCAAAAAUUGCCCAAAAUGUAGGAAACCAUUUUCCCAACGAAUUGAUGAAAUGAUGGUCAACUACGCAUUGAUUCCUUCAGAAAACACGGCUCGCCCACAUGCCCCGAGCUCGCUGUCAGAGGCACCGUGCCUCCAUCAAGGGAAGGCGCUGGAUUUCCUGUGUAUGGACUGCAUGGAACUCGUGUGCUUCACGUGCGCCAGGGGCACGCACGUCACGCACAAAAUUGAGUUUAUUGACGACCUGACGCAGGAGAAUCAAGCUGUUUUGAACUCAUGGACGAAAAUACGGUCAACAAUGCGCGACAACCUGGAGCGCGUGAAUAACUUAGUCACCGUAUCAGACGAUAUUUUGAGUUUGAUGGAUGAAAUCCUCGACCUGAGGACUGAAUUUCAGGGAUGGAAGGAUUCGCUGCUGGCCCAGAAACUGUCGACAGAGCAAGACCUCCAAGCUUGGGAUGCCCCGGCCAGCGGUGUGAUUGAGAACAAGCGACAUGAAUGCAAGGAAAUGCUUCGACGUCUGAAAUUGAAACCUCCAGAAAACAUGUAUACAGCAGAGAUCAGAGCGAGGCUGUCUGCAGCUUUGAAGAAAUAUGAUUCGUUACAGACAUAUGAGCUUGCAACGUAUGAGGACGGUGUGCCUUGGACAGUCACAAGCCGUGCUGAAGGAGAGCGAGCAGUCGCCAGCCUGGCCAACAACAUCAAGCCCAGUCGCCUCGUGGGCUAG